AUGGAGAAGGCACUCUCUGCCCGGCUCUGGUGCCCACCGGCUGCCACCUCCACUGUUUCCAGCCCUCGCCUCCCCCGCCUUGUCCUGUCCCAAACCCUGACCAUCUUUCCUGGAGACUGGGCAAAGAACCGCUGGGAUCAGAGGGUUCCUGGGCCUUGCUACUGGCCCCUCCGGGGCUUGCAGGAGACUAAAGAGGUGAUUAAAAUUGUGGAGCACCAUUCAGACUCGGAUCACACCCUCACCAGCCCGGGGAAGGAGGGCAGGUGGGAGAUGGCUCCGGAAUCCCGGCCCAAACUGGCGCCCCAGGAAGCGCAGGAGGCGCCCGGCGACUCCUUCCCCGCGGCGCGCCAAGCGGGCCGAACUCCGCGGCUGAGUCGCGCGGCUCCAGUCACCGCGCGCGGGCUCGGGCUCCGGCCUCGGAGAGCGGUAAACGGAAUCGCCUCGCGUUCACCCCGCGUCGCCUGGAAAGGGGACCCUCGCGCCGCCCGCAUCUCCGGGCCGCCCGCCCGCGCACGCGGGGAGCAACUUCGUUCCCCUGAGCGCCCUGGCCCCGCGGCGCGGGCAGAGCUCCGCCCGGCAAAGGUGGCACCGUGGUCGCUCCAGAACGCUGCCUGCGUGGACGCGGCCGCCGCCUUCUGCUCCCGGUUCCGGCUGCGCGCGGGCAGAGCCCUAGAAACAACGAAAACGGCGAGCAGCGUUGCUUUCCGGACGUCGGAGUCCCGGAAGCCUCUGGGUGCGAGCCGGUCCUCCGUGUCCCUAGACGCCCCAGAGCCGAGCUCACCGCCGGGCCGCCAGUACCGGAGCAGACUCCCCCAGUCGGCUUGCCGGCAAUCCACGCCUCGACGUGACCUCGGAGGAGGAGCUGCGGGGAGAUGCUUCUCUGAACCUCAGUUUCCCCACCUGUGCAACGGAGCCAUAUGUUCCUGCGCCCCUCCCGGGGUUGAUGUGGGAUUGGCGGGGAGAGAGAACCUGGAAAACACCCGACGGGGCCCAUUUCUGCCCACCUUUUGGGGCCAGGUUUGCGCCGGUGGGGUUCAGCUGUCGUGCACUGACCAGAAGGGCCCCAGGUUGCUCCUAGCGAUCGCCGCCCUCCCGCCAUCUCCUCCAUCUCCCCCCCCGCCCCCCCCCCCACGCUGCCCUCACCCCGGAACUCCCCUCUCCGGGGGCGCGUGGUGGAGGUGUGAGGGUCCUGCUUGGCGCCUAGGCAUCUCCGCUCAGCCUCUAGCCGGGGUGUUGCUAGCCCUGGACGGUUCUCUCAGGUUCCUUUGAGGCCCCGCGUGCAGAAAGAUUUUAAGGCAACAGGCUCCUACUCUCCGGGUGGUACCACCGGACACCCCGGAUCUCGCAAAGGGUGGGUGAUGGGACUGACCCGGGACGGGACAGGAUUACAGCUGAGCUUCUAGAAGGGAAUUUACCCCUCCCUACCCCCUCCAUAUGCCAACGUAGGGGGUGGCCAGCUUGUCUGGGAGGGGCCCUGGGGCAUGUGACCUGGGUUUAAAGAUCAUCCUGGGGACUUCCUUGGUGGUCCAGUGGUUAAGAGUCUGCCUAGCAAUGCAGGGGCGCAGAUCCCUGGUCAGCGAGCUAAGAUCCCACAUGUCAAGAUGCAGGGCCAAAAGAUGAAAAUUAAAGAAAAAACUAUCAGCCUUAAACUAUGAAGCUGAGCGGUAAGGGAGAGAAUUGAGGAUCUGAAUGCCUUCAUUCAGGGGAGGGGCAUGGCCUGCUUAAAAUGUCCAGACUGCUCACUGCUUCUGGACAAGACCAUUGGAGGGUAAGGGGUGGCCGGGGGGGACCAAAUGGACAGCCUCUCCCCAGGUCCCUUUUACCUGCUGCUAAACCAGUCAUUGCAGGAAGCUCUUGUGAACAAGCAAGAAAACAGAAGAGCCCAGGACUGCCCCAGGCAGGGGAAAAAAUUACCCCUCGUGCUGCCAGACCCGAAGCUGAUGGAAUCGGUCGAGGAUUACCGUCCCCUGGGGCAGGGCCGCCUGCUUCUGCUUAAGGCACCCAGAGCCCACAACCCUGGGGCUGCAGGGAGGGAGCGGGCACUCGCGGUUCUUGGCUCCGCUGCCCCUGCCAGGACUUCUCCACCUCUGAGGCAGUGGGGCUCCCUCCACCUCCGCCCUCGCACAUCCGCAGGAGGUUCCCUGGUGAAGGAAGGACCAGUGGUGGCCAGAGUGGCAGGUCAGGGGACCUCACUGAGGACUGAGGGGCUAGGGUAGCAGCCCCUCCCUCACGGGAGUCCCCCCACCCCCGCUGUGGUAUUAGUGAAGUUAUUAUGAGUGUCCUGCCGGGUAGGGGGCAGCAGAGGGACUGCCUGAACACUGCCCCCGCCACUCACACAGGACGCCCCCUGCUUCCCUUCCAGGACAAGCUGGCAGCUUUAGGGGCUGAGGGGAGGGAGCAGAUCAGAGGAACUUAGCUUAGUCAGAGCCAGAGGCUUCCCCAUUCUACCCGGGGCUCCGGGGCAGCCCCCCUCCAGCUUCCUAGGCGUCCCAGUUUCCCACAGUGUAAUAUGGAGGUGAAAAAGUGGGUGUUGUGGGCAUAGCUGCAGGCAAGUUUGCUGCCUGGUGCCUCCUGGGAGCUCAGGUUUUUGGAGCUGGGACAGCUAGCAGCAGGGUUCCCUGCGCCCUCUACCCCUCCUCUCCCAGAACCAAAGCCUGUUCCUCGGGCUCUGACCUGGAUUCAUGGAGGGCUGUUCCCUGUUCCCUUGCUGGAUACAGAGGGCCAGUGGGACCAGGACGAAGGACAGGGCUCCUGGGAGCUGUGGGUUCCCCUCCCCCUGCAGCUCUUCAUGGGUUUCCAGAGUCAGGCCCACCCUGACUUCAGCUCCUCUCACAGGUCACCAUGUGCCUGCUGAGAGGCCGAGGCUCUCAGACCAUGUGCAGACUGCAUUUAUUCAUUCAGUCAUUGACUUAUGGCCAGAAGCCCUGGUAAGGCUGGGGCUCCUGAACUUACAGCCAAACGGUGCUGAGCUGAAGUGAAGGCUGUUUGUUCCCGCACACCUGCAGCUUCCAGAGCAUCUUACCCUGCCCUCCCCCUGCUCCCUCAGGGUCCCAGUGCCUGCGACUGUGCUUGGAGCUCAGUGAGUGAAAGAAUGAAUGAAUGAAGAGGGCUGAAUGAGUUGAAAGUGACCCUGGGAUCCCCAAAGGCUGAUCUCAGCCCUAGAAAUGGGGGAGGGGAGGUCCAGGUGACCUUCCAGGCCGUGGCCAUGGGGCCACAGCCCUGUGCUGAGCAUCCUUUCCCUGCCCUGCAUCAAGCAGCCCGUGCCAAGUGACAGGGAUGCAGCAGUGAGCAAACCACCCAAGUGCCCUGAUGUGCAGCGCAUGACUUGGAAAAGGGAAGACCACUUGCUCAGGGGUGAGUGAGUGGGUGGGGUCAGCCGGGUGCUGGGGACAGCGGACACUGGCAGAAAGAGCAUCCUCAGGAGACAUAUGGUCUGGCCCUAAGUUCACUGGCCUGGAGUAUGGAGCCUAAGGGGUACUGGGGCUCCAGAGCCAGGCAGGGUGCUGGCGGCUGCCCCAGUCACUCCCACCCUUGGGCUCCAUCCCAGUGCAUAUGGCCCUAAUCCCACACCGUGGAACCCCAGUGAGGAGACACUGGUGCUCAGAGGAGCGAGGACUUUCCCGGGAGGCAGGGCAGUGGGAGUCACCUGGCUGACACAGAGCCCUGCUCCAGGUGGCCCAUGAAGGAUGUCUGCAGAGGGAGGGGUUUCCAUCUGGGACCUUUCCUGGUUUCAUGCCCUGCCAGAAUUGUGAGCUCCAAAGGAGGAUCCUGACGAUGACCGAGAUGUUUAUUUGCCUGUGUCCAGAAAGGCUUGGCUGCCAGAGUUUGUAUUUCCUCAGAGUCUAGCUGUUGCUGGAGAGUCAGGACCCCUCUCAGUGUGGACAUCCCAGGGCCAUUCUGGGGCACAGACCAGUGGCUUUGGGGGCCUGGUUUGGAGCCAACAUUUCAAGCAAGUCAGGCUUAGAAUCUGGGCUUCUGGGAAGAAAUUUCCAAUCAUGAAAUGUGUCAUUUGAAAAAAUAUAUGUGUCAGUUAAGUGUGCACUGAGCCUGGACCACAUGGGAUAGGGUUGUUCUAAUAAACACGAAUAAGCCCGUUUUCACAUUAGAGAAAUAACAGUUUCAAGUAGAAAUGUGGUGCUUUUAAAAGAGGUUAAUUAAUAAACAGCAGGUAAUUGUUCAUGGCACAUGGUGGCAGAGGGUAAUUUUCAUUUUAGAGGAGAGAAGGGCCAAAUGCCCCCCCAACUCAGAUUUUUUGUGUAAUAAUCACCUUGGCUUCACCUCCGCCUUUAAUUUUUACAGCUGGAGCUGUUUAUCAUCGCUCCAACUUUCACUAAAAAGGAAAAACUAUCACUUAAACAAAGCCAUUGAAAACUCAGCAUCAUAUGUGGAUUUCUUAACAUAAAUAAAUCAUACAAACCAAGAUUUAUGUUCUCCCAGUGAUGUCAUUCGCUGAAGGCUGCCUUCCCAAUCAAAUCAGUGGUUAGUGACUCUCCUUUUGUGUGUGUGCUUUUUGCGAAAUAAGAAAAGCAGCGCUGGCAUCCUGGCUGCUCUCUUUCUCUGCUCCGCCCAGGACAUCAGAAAGAUCUCUCCCUGCAUCAGCGCAACUGGGUCUAAACGGUGAGCACAGAUUCAACGCCACAGAUGGCAUUUCAAGCCUUUGUUUUUGAAAUGCAAGUUCUAAGUUGAAAGACUGUUAAGGCUUCCUGAAGGAUUUGCUCAGACCCCAGCAGAAGCUGGGGAGCCUGGGGGUCUCUCGGAGCCUAGGGUGAGUUUGGCUGCAGAGUCAUCACAUUGAAAUGAGCAAGGACCACGACCGUCACCUGUGAUGGGGAGAUGAGAUGUGGUCGCUCUGUAUAGUGGAGGAAUGUCAGUCACAGCAAAGAACGAAGCCCUGAUGUGGACCACAGUGUGCACGAAGUCGGCAAACGAAGCGAGUCAGAGCAGGUCACAUACCAUUCCAUUCCACCUACGUGACAUGUCCAGGAUGGGCAAAUCCACAGAGACAGAAAAGAAACAAGUGGUUGCCAGGGUAGGGGAGAGGACAUGGUGGGUGACUGCUUCCUCGGCACAGGAUUUCCUUCUGGGAAGAUGAAAAUGUUCUGGAAACAGAUGCCCACUUUAUUUAUUUACUAAAGUCUUCCUUGUUUGUUUGUUUUUAUUGGCUGCACCGGGUCUUAGUUGCAGCACAUAGGAUCUUCAUUGCAGUAUCCAGGAUCUUUAGUCGCAGCAUGCAAAGUCUUUGUUGCAGCAUGUAGGAUCUAGGGGUCAAAUCUGGGUCCUCUGUGUUGGGAGAGCAGGGUCUUAGCCACUGGACCACCAGGAACAUCCCAGACAGCCCACUUAAAAAUGGAGACCGUCGUACUAUGUUAAUUGUGUCUCAAUAAAUCUGUUAUUUAAAAAUCA